GUCUCUCGUCACGAUCUAUGAUACCAUGCCAUGUACUCUCAGGCUCAACCGUGUCUUCGGUGGCGGCGCUGCAAUGUAGCCGAGACGACGUGAACCCCCCCCCACACACACAACGUUGGAUAUUGUCAUUAGCAGCCGCCCCUCUUCGGGGUGCACUUGAUGCACUUGAGGUGGAAUGCCUGCAAAUGGAAUAUUCACGUUGUACUGGAGAGAAAAUGGAUCUUGAAAAACGUCCCGCUCUUACCCGAUAAGAAUUGCAUGGUUUUGAAAGUUUCAUGGAGGGGAGCAUAUUCAUGUUGAGGUGGCUGCAGAUCAGCCAGG